AGUCGCUAAUAUCUUUCAACUGACAGAACACUGAAGCAAACCGAGUUGUCUCUGUGAAGUAAAAUGGAACAUUUACGUAGCACAAACGUUGUGUUUGCAAUUGUAAUGGCAUUGUUGGUAGUACAGUCAUCUACACGACCACAACCAGAUGAAAUGGAGGAAAUAAAAAGAACACUGUACAAUGCAUGUGCUGGAAAGUUUCCAAUUACGGAAGAAAUCAAGAAUAACGCGAAAAAUUCAAUAAUUUCAGAUGACCCAACUUUUAAAUGCUUUUUAAAGUGUUGCUUCGACGAGAUGUCAAUGAUUGAUGAAGACGGUAUUAUCGAUGGGGAUUCAUUGAAAGCAAUGGCUCCGGACCAUAUUAAGCCGAUCUUGGAGCAAGUCAUCCCGAGUUGUACAAAAAAUGUUAAGCAAGAUGGUUGUGAAGCUUCUUUCGAAUUUAUAAGCUGUGGCAUAAAAUUAAAUCCAUUAAUUGUUGCACUCCUACCACUGUGAUACAGUUUUGUUUCCAUACACUCAUAAAUAGAUAAACAUAGUAAGAUCGUUAUUAUACGAAACACUGUUUGUACGUAUCUACCUAGUACGACUUACUUGUCGACGCUAAUAUUUCAUACUAUGAAAUCAUUUAAAUUAAAUUGAUUGUAAUUUUGCACUUUGAAUAAAGAAACGGUUUUGGAACUCAA